UUGUAAACAUAGUCAAUGGAAUUCAAUUUAUAUGAUCAUAGUCAAAGAAGGUGUGGGACAAAUAAGAUUCAAUGCUACACUAAAGUGCUAGCCGGCAUUAUUACUGCAGGAAGAGAGUAGGGAAGAAGCAGCUAUAUAUAUAUACUGUAGGAGAAAGGACAGCAGUUGCCUUUACAAAGAAAGGAAGGAUAUUGCAGUACCACUGUUUAGUGAGAGCUAACUCAGAGACAUCAAGAGCUUUAUACUUUUGCUUUACAAGCUAUAAUAGUCUGUGAGAUUCAAGAGGAGAAAAAUGGCAGAAGAAUUACAGAUUGUUUUUACAAAUGAAUCAAGAAAGCAAUUCAAAGCUGUUAUUUUCCCUGAUGACAGCGACAUUGAUGAGUCCUUCAGUCUAACUUGGCUAGUUUUUGACUCAAAGACUCAAAAUGCUAGUCUACCUUCAUUCUCAUCGAUUGGUUUUAUAUCUCAGCAAUCAACUGUUGGGCCUGUACCAGCUCCCUCUGGCUCUUCAUGGCUCCUUGUUAAGGAAGGAGAGACUCUAGUCCUCACUGAAGAUGUGAAAGCUGAUCAAGGAGACUUACAGGUCGAUGAGCCCGGUAUUGCUGAAGACUCUUCAUCUCCCAUUAAAAUAACUAACACAGUCAAGAGCUCACUUGAUGGCCAUUUCAUUUUAUACAAAAGUGGUCGCCCUUUCUUUCGCUUUAAUGUACCUCCUUUUGGAGGGAGUCUUACAAUUCCUCCUAAUCCAUCGUCACUUUGUUUUGGACUCACAAAGGGUGAGGUGAAAGAAGGAGAAGUAGUCAAAGAAAAAGGGAAAAUCUUUUCGCCUCUUGCCACACUUGAACUCUCUUACUUUUCAAGUGGUAUCGAUAUCACUGUGACGGAUAAUCCAGCAGGACGCCCUCAUGUUACUAUUGAGAAAUUACAAUGAAGGAAUAGCAAGAACAUAUGAAAGAAUCAUUAAUUAAUUUUACACUUAAUAAUGUCACAAUUAGGAUAGAAACAUUCUGCACACAUAAUUAAAUAGCAAACAAAUAGCUAAUCAAUUUUUAAUAAAA